GUCAUCAUCCCACCAGCAGGCCUGCCAAACACACCAGCGGCCCCCACCACUAGACCGGCAGCCUAUUAGUAUCUGCUUAUUCCGUUGAUCGAUCGAUCGAUUUGACUUCCCAUCUUGAGCCUCAGCAUCACAAGCCGCACGUGCGCAAAGCGACCACCAUGGCCAAGCCGCGAUUGAUCAUCCUUAUCCGCCAUGCCCAGUCCGAGGGCAACAAGAACCGCGAUAUACACCAGACAAUCCCUGAUCACCGUGUUAAGCUCACGCAGGACGGCUGGGCCCAGGCCCAUGAAGCGGGCCGCCGCCUGCGCAAGCUGCUCCGGCCAGAUGAUACCCUCCACUUCUUCACGUCGCCAUAUCGCCGCACACGAGAGACCACCGAGGGCAUCUUGUCCACCUUGACCUCGGACGACCCCGAGCCCUCGCCGUAUCGUCGGUCUAGCAUCAAAGUUUACGAGGAGCCCCGUCUGCGAGAGCAAGACUUUGGCAACUUCCAGCCAUGCAGCGCCGAAAUGGAACGCAUGUGGCAGGAGAGAGCCGACUAUGGCCACUUUUUCUAUCGUAUCCCCAACGGAGAGAGCGCUGCCGACGCCUAUGACCGUGUUAGUGGCUUCAACGAGAGCUUGUGGCGCCAGUUUGGAGAAGACGACUUUGCCAGCGUAUGCGUCUUGGUCACUCAUGGCCUCAUGUCUCGUGUCUUCCUCAUGAAGUGGUACCAUUUUUCCGUCGAAUAUUUCGAAGACCUUCGAAACGUGAAUCACUGCGAGUUCCUCAUUAUGCGCAAGCAAGACAACGGCAAAUAUCUCUUGGAGAAUAAUUUGCGUACCUGGUCAGAACUGCGGAGAGAACGCGAGCAACAAAUCAAGGAGAAGGAGAAGGGUGAAGAGGACAAGACCGACAAAACUGCAAAGGAUGACCUGAAGUUGGCGCAGAACAAGAGCUUUGUUGUUACUCGUCGCUGGGGAGGCUGUCCCAAUGGCUGCAAUCAUGUUGCUCAUUAUGAGAGCCAUCGAGCGGUAGAAAACCAGCCGCAGCAAGUUGAUAAGAGUACCCCUGGCAGUAGUAGCACAAAUCUUGCCAUAAGGAGAUUGCAACGACACAAAUCGAGUGGCUCCGAUGAAGGUGAUGCAGAUGGCGAAGAAUCGUCAAAAGAAAAUCCCAAAGAAAAGAAGAAGAAGGUUCACAUUGAUUUAGCACGAGCCAUUGACGGGAGUGUCUCUUCUCCCGACGGCACGCCCUCCUUCAUCACGGCAGAGGACCGCAUACGUCACCUCAAAGCCGCUCAUUUGCACGUUGGCCGAGAUUUCGGCGGUACAUAUUCAGGCCAUCCCUCUGUUGCAGGAAGUGAUUCCGAUGCAUCAGAUAACGAAACCACUCGCCGUCGUAUGGGUUCCAUAGACUCUCGCGCCAACCCCGGUAUGGGAUUGGCAAAUCGCCUUGGAGAUGAGCCUGAGCCACACAGCGGUGCCGCAGACCCCAAGUUGGAGGAUUUGGACAAGGCUGAGAAAGAAGACAGAAGUAUCAGAGGAAGCAUAUACUAAAAAGGGGGAAAGGAAAGUGAGGAAAAUAAAAGCUCUGGAUUAAAUAAGCGCAACGGGCGAAGCGAUAUCGACACUGUUUUCUUUCUAUUUUCUUGUUGGAUACCACUAUAUAGACUGGAUUCCCUGGCUGUAUAAAUGGAAAUAAAAGCGUUGGGCUACAUUGAGUUAGAUUGAUUUAUGAAAUACUAUAUCCACAUUGAUGUCUUCUGAGAAUCUUGAAUAUUA